AUGGCACUGGGAAAUAACAAGACACUAUGUUCUGUAUGUAAUAAAAAUAAAAUAACAUAUUCUUGUGAUGGAUGUUCACAAAGAUUUUGUUUACUUGAUUUAACAGAACAUCGUCAAACAUUAAAUAAUGAAUUACAUCAUAUCGCCGGUGAAUAUAAUGAAUUUAAAGAAACAAUUAAUGAACAAAAACAAAAUCCACAAAAUUCUUCAGUUAUAAAACAAAUUGAUCAAUGGGAAAGAAAUUCAAUCGAGAAAAUUCAACAAACAGCAAAAGAUUGGAAAGAAAUUGUCAGUGAAUCAUUACAAACAUAUAUUAAUGAUAUUGAAAAGACAUUUAAUGAUUUAAAUGAACAAAUAAAACAAUUUCAGAUCGAAAAUGAAUUUAAUGAAAUGGAUUUAAGUUGUUUAAGAAAUCAAUUGACAGAAAUUACAGAACAAUUAAAUAAUUCAUCAAAUAUCUCUAUGCAACAAAAUCGACAAUUAAUAAUUAAUGAUAUUUCAAUUAUUUCAUUAGAAAAAAAGCCAACAUGGGAUAAAUGGAAACAAAACGCCAUCACUGUGACUGGUGGAAAUGGAAAAGGACAAAGCUUAAAUCAACUCAAUCGUCCGGCAGGAAUCUUUCGUGAUGCAAACAAAAAUAUUUUCAUUGCUGAUUAUGAUAAUCAUCGUAUUGUUGAAUGGAAAUAUAAUGCAAAAGAAGGACAAAUCAUUGCAGGUGGAAAUAAACAAGGAAAUGGAAUAGAUCAAUUGAAUCAUCCAACAGAUGUAAUUGUUGAUCAACAAAAUCAUUCAACCAUUAUUGCUGAUCGUGGGAACAGACGUGUGAUUCAAUGGUUAAAUCAAAAGCAACAAAUUCUCAUUGAUAAUAUUGACUGUUACGGUUUGGCAAUGGAUAAACAUGGAUUUCUUUAUGUUUCUGAAUAUAAGAAAAAUGAAGUGAGACGAUGGAAAAUGGGAGAAUACAACAAUGAAGGAAUUGUAGUAGCAGGUGGACAUGGAAAAGGAAAUCAACUGAAUCAACUUAGUUCUCCUACUUUUAUCUUUGUUGAUGAACAUCUAUCUGUUUAUGUAUCAGAAUUUUACAAUCAUCGUGUAAUGAAAUGGAGAAAAGAUGCAAAAGAAGGGAGAAUUGUGGCUGGAGGAAACGGUGAAGGAAAAAAACUUAAUCAAUUGCAUCAUCCUCACGGAAUAAUUGUUGAUGAUUUGGGUCGAAUCUAUGUGGCAGAUUGUGAUAAUGAUCGAGUAAUGCGUUGGUGUGAAGGAAAAGAAGAAGGUGAAAUUGUUGUUGGUGGUAAUGGUCUAGGAAAUCAAUUGAAUUAUCCUCGUGGUUUAUCGUUUGACGAUGAAGGAAAUCUUUAUGUUGCUGAUAGUUGGAAUCACCGAAUUCAAAAAUUUGAAAUAAUUUUGUAA